GCUUGUUUCUGGAGGAACCCCCGGAAGAUGAAAUAGGCCGCUUCUUAGCACAGAAAGACCACCGCGGUCACAACGUCAAGAAUGCACUUGCUCGUCAAAUCCCCCACAGCAACUGGAUCGAAAACUAGUAAUGUAGUACUACAGUGAGUCCACAGACCUAUCUUUGUCUUUCUAUGCUUCACCACAAUGCCAAGCCCUCUUCUCUCUCCCCGCCGCGGCGCAACGUCAUCCGUUGCCGGUUGUGUGGCGGUGAGUUUCUCCGGGACGGAUUUCCUUUUCACGCGAAGAAAUGCGCGAAGAAGUUCUUUGUCGACCUGGAUCCGGGCGAUCCAACAGCCUGGAAAAAGUGCGCCGUUCUAGUAAACAACAGCAGCACUGAGACUUUGCCGAUCCAUCGGCAUAGAGGAAGAAAUUCUUCUAAUGGAGAAGCAGCUGCGUUUUCGCCAAGUGCGGGUACUAGAGAUGGUUGUAGCUUCUCGCCGGAGGUGGAAGAGCAUGUUGGUGAAGCAGGGGGUGAUGGUGCGCAGCUGCCAGACCUCCUCCAGCACCGCCCAGAUCUUCAUGCCGGCGGUGGACUACAAAUUGACUGUCAGGGAGCUGCAACAGCAACUGGUGAAUCAAAUACCGGUAUUGUAUCAUACGAAAAAAGUGUUUCACUGUAAGGAUUUUGCAAGUUGUGCAUCACAAGUUCGUUCUACAUCACAGGGAAAAUUUGCCAUGCGAGAUUCCUAAGGGAAAACACAGCUAAAAAUCCACUGUCUUGCAUGUGUAGCAAGAGAAACAUUUCUCGGAUACAUUUUCAUCUGCAUUACAAGUUUACAGUGAAACAGUUUUUUCUUGCGAUAUAUUGAACCUCUGGAGCAGUGCAGCAUUUGCGGUCGGUCCUUCUUCGCGUCACGAUUGAAAAAACACGAGGAUAUUUGUCGCAGGAAUCAAGAAAGGCGGCUGCAUCACCAGAACGAGUCAUUGCCUCUGGAAUCUUCAGGCAGACGGACGGGAGCAGGACUGCACUUCAAUAAAAGUAGAAAUUCUGCUGGUACUGCACGACCUUCAGCGCAACAGAUAAAACAUUCGCAAAGUGCGGGAAGCCUGCGGGAAAAUGUUGACUCACGGCCACCCGGUGGUGGUGCUCCUGGAAAGGAUAUACAUCAACCGCGCCCAAAUAGAGACCAGGACCGCACGCACACGACCCAUACUUCGAACAACCAGGACCAUCGGGAAGAUGCUGGGGGCGGCGCUGGGGUACUAGAACAAGCCCAACUUCUGUCACUACAAGAAGAACGGAACACGCACCAGGCCGAACCACGGCAAAAAGACCACUUGGAACAACGCCAGCACUUGUCUGCUUCGAGCUCGUCCACCAGGUCUCUGCAUCUGGACUACUACAACCAACUCGCGGAACCACAUCAAGUACAACUGCCUACUGCCCGUAGAACCGCUUUCAGCACCACCAAAUUUGGCGCGUUCAGUCCAACUGCGAAGACAAGUACUAAAAGCCUCAAUUUCGUCACACGGAGCAGCGCAUCCCUGCACGCCAAAGUGGACUUCGAUGGACGAGCGAGACCAAGACGCAGUAUUUUGUCCUCAGGCACCAAGGCGGCGCAGCAGCACGCGGCGGAAUGGGGGAGAAACGCAGCGGCAAUGCAGGAGGGACUGGGGGGGCGAGGUGGAGGAAAUUAUGGGUCCUCGUCCAUGCUCGGGGGCCCAGGCGGAGGAGGAGGUACUAUGAAGACGGAGAAAAGUAGCUGGUGGAGCGGGAAUCCUGUACAGACGUGUUACAAGACCAAUUCCUUUCUCACUCAAGGUGCUAGCUUUUUCGCGGAAUCCGCUGCAACGGCGCGUUUGAACCAGACGAGUCGUGGCACGAUAGCACUGCCGGCACGAGUGCCAAAUAUGAACAAGUCGUGAAGUACUAGUACUAGAAGGUCGAUAUUGUAAUUGCCCUUACAACUAGUACGCAGGCGACAACUGCAGGCGCCAAAGAAAGAUGUUCUGGCAGAUUCGUUCUUCAUUCUUCGUCGUGCGGAAAAUAAGUCCUCAAGAAAAAGAUCUAGCCAUCAUCAUCGAGGUCUAGCAGACGGAAGCAGCGCCGCGGCUCCCUG